AUGGCGCCCUCUACCAACGCUACCGAUGCCGUUAAGGCUGAAACCCCUGCUCCCUACCUUAGCACCAUGCCAGACAACGACUUUAGCUGGCAAAUUACCCUUAACCAGAAAGUGGUUGCUAUCACUGGUGCCAACCGGGGCAUCGGUCUCGGUAUUGCGGAGGUCUGUCUGGCCAACACAGCCAAGGCUGUCUAUUCUCUUGAUAUGAUGGAACCCGGCGAGGAUUUUGCAGGUCUUCAGAAGCGUUAUCCCAACUUCAAGUAUAUUCAGACCGAUGUGACAUCCGAGGAAAGUAUCGAGAAGGCUAUCAAUCAGGUUGUUGAGGAGACCGGUCGUAUCGAUGGUAUUGUUGCCAAUGCCGGUAUGACCAAACAUCAACCUGCUCUGAACUUUGAUCGUACUGAGCUGGACAAGUUGUUCAACCUUAAUGUUUAUGGAGCCUAUUUCUGUGCUCAGAUUGCUGCUCGCAAGUUCAUCGAACUCGGUAUCAAGGGCUCGAUCGUCAUGACUUCUAGCAUGACCUCCUAUCGUCCUAACCGUGCCGCGCCCUCAGCUCCUUAUGGCGCAACCAAAGCUGCCGUCCGUAACAUGUGCCAUACCCUCGCUAUGGAAUGGAGCAAGCAUGGUAUCCGUGUUAACAGCAUCUCACCCGGUUUCGUGCGCACUGCGAUGACAUACUACGUCGAGACUGCGCCUGAUUGGGAUCUCAAAAUGCAGUACUAUGGUGGUAUGCCUCGUCUGGCUGACCCACGUGAGUUGGGUGGUGCAUAUGUCUACCUCCUCAGUGACUCGAGCUCAUACACAAGCGGCAUUGACAUUCCCAUUGCGGGUAUUGUGGGUGCAUGGUAA